AUGUCACUGGAGGAAAAUGGUUGCGAGAACACCGAUUUCCUCCUUAUGCCACCAUCACCUUUAUCCGCGAAUGUCUCUGAUGAUGGAUUCAAGUGAGAAUCCGAAACGUCAGGCCAAUAAAUUUCUUGUUCCACUGAUCGCAUCUUCGUCUUCUGAACUGCUACCCGGAACUCGCCUGUUCGCUUCUAUCAACGUAUUUCCCCGUCUACUGUGGAGUUUCAUGCACAAUGAAGGAUUUAAGAUGCGAAAAACACAAGGUCUUAACUAGAACUAAUAAUAGCUCGUACGGAUCUUGUAAAGAAGCUGAGAGAAGAAAAUUACGCUUUCGAUUCUAACUUGACAAGUUCCCCAACGUAAAAAGCAGCGGUCAGAGCGGGCAUGGAAUGCGGAAUUCGUCGUUCUUGAGAUUCAUUUUUAUACGGAAAUCCGCGGACGUUGCCAAGAGGUCUUAUUAAUUUUGUGCGUAUACACAAAACAGAGCAUAUAAUUACAGUUGACCAAGUAACUAGUCUGCUACAGUAAAGUAGAAGUGCACUCGUUAGUGAAUAGAAAAGGGCAAGUUGUGGCUCAGCCUGAAAAGACCGCCCCUCCACCAAUUAAAACGUCAUCUUUUCUUGGUCGCCAUAGGCACACAGUGUUACGAGGGAGAACCCUUUGAAUGUAACAAGAAAAAACUUUUUUUCAGAAGACAGGUGGCGACCAUAUGUUGCUUUCGAUAAAGUCUCUUCCGGCCAGUACAAUUGUAUGGGAACAGGCUACAGUCAAACAAGUCAGUGGUUAAAAAAUCGAUGAAAGUUAGUUUUAAAACACGGGUUGGGCGAGAGCGGAAGGGUGCAGAAAGUUGCAUGUGGUUAGUCAACCUUUGACUACGGUAACCGCGAAACCUGAAGGGGGUUCUUCUGAGAGGCGAGCCCAUUGUGACGCCGUCUACUUGUCUAUAGAGUUGGUUGUCAAAAAGGACUGCGCAUUUAAUGAAAUUAAUUUAUCGAAAGCAACGUAUGCUCGCCAACUCGUCUUCUGAAUACUGCUGUGGGAAUUUUCGCAACUCUAAACAAGUCAAAAAAAUAUUUUUAUUUGCUUUCUCCUAGAAAGAACUGGCCAUUAACCCAGUCGACAUUUUUGGCACGCACUAACUCUCGCGAGAUAUGUGCGAAGCCUCUCUUUGUGUAGUUCCAAGUAAGCAAAAUAGGGCUUUAGUGGGGUCGCAAAACUGAUGGGUGCGAGGCGUAAUUUAAACUCGACUCAUGGCCAAAUCGAUUUUGAUGCUAAUAUGCCUAUGCAAGGCUCAUCAGAUAUCACUAACAAGAUUUUAACCUUCUUCAGUCGUUCUUAAGGGAUAUCUUUUCGUUCUUGGAUGAGAAAACAUUUUUUCUUGAAGUAUACUUAUGACUUCCUGCUGAGACAACACACGGAGUUAUCGCAACGCGUUGUUUAAACCAGCUGGCCGAACGGACCGAUUGUUUCAAGCGUAUUCGGGUGCCUUACGGUUGCUAUAACAACCUGAAGAGAGAUAUGGAUGGACCUCUUCGGGAAACGUAUGUAUGUGUGGUCCAGUUUUGAUGCUCAAAGAAAAUGCGAAAAUUCGUCAAGUACCCGGAAGAUCUCUAUAUGGGAACUUUCAACUGUUCCAUGUUCUGGAUUUUAGGACGAAGUAGGUGCCUACAAAUAGACUUUCAGAGCCAAUAAUGCGUCAAAUACAUCUGCUGAUAUUAAGCAUCGUAACAAAUUUUAACAUUCUCUCUGUUGGUUGAGACAACUUCUUGUGGGAAAUCGAUCCAUAUGGGCUAGAUGAUGGUAAAUCGAAACCCGCUGAUAGAUUACCAAGUAGCCUGUUACUUUUAGAAGCAGAAAAGCGUUUUCCUGAAAAUAAAACCAGAAGCGGAUGCGGUUUUCAGUAACUGCAGACAGAUAGCCUUCACCAUCGCGAUCAUUAGCAUCUGCGCACUGUCGAACGCGAUGUUCGGAUAAAUUAAGAGAAUGGGGACGUUUUGUUCCGACGUGCCAACGGAACUGAUCAGGUGUCCCCGAGACCCUACCCCUCCCCUCCUCCCCCUCCACCUCCUCCCCCUUCCCCUCCUCCCUCCCCUUCUCCCAUUGCCUCACUUUUAACGCAGAGUGCGUGUAAGCCCCUCCAGUAUGUUAUAAACGAUAUUCAUGUUUCUCUUCGGUCAACUACCCGACAAAGCAAGGAAUAUGGAACACCUUCGCAUUAAGAACUGUUCAGGCCUCCGACUUUUAUAUUUUUAUGUUACUGUAUUUGAGGGACCUUAAGUGUGUUUUUGUUUAAAGUCCCUACUCUGAUCUAAGCAAAGAGUUCAAAGUCGGCGGAGUAGGGUCAGCCAAUGCAUGAGGUCAUGAUAAAACAGCCAAAAACUCAGUGUGGAAAGUAACGUGAGUUAUUUCUGCUGGAACGUUUUGGACUUAUCAGAGUGAAAACCUGAAGCCUCAAAAUGUGUUUUCACAGAAAAACACCAUAGUAAAUAUCCUCCACGACUAGAGAAGGGCCCAUCCGAUGUAACGUCAGGAAGAGAGUAAGGUCCCCUCUAAGUGAUUUGGGUUAGCUCUGUACUGCUUCUUCAUAUCAGUUGGCUUCUCAGUGAACUUAACGAAGAACCACAGUGAAUGUGCUAUCUCAUGGAAUUUUCACCGAAAUCCUGCGAUUUUUUUCAGCUAGAAAAGAUAUUCUUAGAAUGUUUGCUUUAUCAAUUGCCAUGCAAUAUAAUCCCAGGAUAUUUCAGUCAUGGCAGGAUGCUGGCUUUUGAACGAGUUCUUUCCGGCCGUCUUCGAAAACUAUGGUCUGCAAAAAAUGCUGCUUAGGAGGUAUGCAGUUUUCUCGUCGAUUUUGGAUAUCCUUAUAGAUUCAAAUAUAUUUUAUAGAAAUAAUUCACAACAAUAUUUGUUCAUUAUCUCAGUUUGUAGCAAAGCACGCCUUCUUCAAACUUAAUACUUGAGGAAAAAGCCUUUGUCGAUUUUUAAAAAGUUGCUUAUUAUGAGAUUUUUAGGACCGCGGAAUAUCCAUUUAAAAAACCCCGCAUCUUUGCAUUUAUUAAUUUUGCUUGUAAAGUUCGCUAUAUGGUUUAAAUCCGCCGAAAAAUUUCAUGAAUCCCAUACAGUAUCUUCUUAACGCCGUAUAAAAUUGCAUGAAUUUCCUCACACAGAGACACCGAAUGUAUGUUUAACGGCAAGUAGUGUUCAAAGUUAUUCGAAAAUUGAAAAAGUUUUUCAAAACCAGAUAAUACUCCAACUUAGGGUGUAGAAUUGGCGGACGCCGUAAUUUGCUGCCAACUGAUUAAAGAGAUCAAUAUUAUAUGUAUGUAUAUAUAUAUAUAUAUAUAUAUAUAUAUAUAUAUAUUACCUAAAAAUAUAUGUGAAUUUAUAAGGGCGUUGAAAAUCGAUAGGUAAAGUUCGCACUACGUAGGUAAACAUUGUUUGCAGAACAGAGUUUUUGCAGGCGACCGGGAAGACGCUCGUUCAAGCGCCGACGGCGUGGUAUGGGAUUCUGUUGCACGAUCAUUAACAUUACAAGCCUAAUUUAGAAGCCUUUUCGAAUAGGCAAUAUAUUUCGGUCAACGUAUGCAAGACAGCCACCAACCAGCACAAAAAACUGGUUUAGAGCUCCACUUCGGUGCCCUGUUUGACGAGUUCCUGCCUCGGGUAACUCUGGCGUGUGCGUCAACCACACGGAUCCGCAACACUGCUGUCAUAGUCGAAUCACGGUCGACGGCCAUCAACUCAAAACCGUAGAUAAUUUUGCUCAUCUCGGAAGCACACUUUCUAACAGCACCAGACUCGACGAUGAAGUUGUCCACCGGAUCGCCAAAGCCAGCCAAGUCUUCGGCCGGCUGCAGAACCCCAUGUGGAAUCGUCACGACCUCCAACUGAAUGCCAAACUGAAGAUGUACAAGACCGUCGUCCCGAUGACACUUCUCCACGGAGCAGAGACUUGAACCGUCUACCCCAGCCAUGCCAAGAAACUCAACUCAGCUGUCUUCGUAGAAUACCAACAUUGAGAUAGCAAGACAGGAUUCCCGACACAGGCCCGCAUCCUCAGCAUUCACGCCAUGUUGAGGCAACUGCCGCUACGUUUGAGCGGCCAGCUCGUGAGGAUGGAAGAUACACGAAUACCAAAAUAACUUUUCAGUUGUGAUGUCGCCGCCGAUUUCAUUUCAGUCCAGAGAUCUGGGAGAACCUCGCCCAGACCAGACCGACCUGGAGAGGAGAAGUGGAUACCGGUGCUGCAAUCUACAAAACAAAUCGGAUCGCCGCCGCCGCCGCCAAAGCCGAAAGAGAGGCCCUCAAAUCACAAGUGCCUCGCCUCCACAGUACCAAUCCUCCGCCGCUUCGUACAUGCCCGCGCUGUCAACGCACAUUCCGCGCACGAGUCGGUCUCGUUGGACACCCUCGGAUUCAAUGCGCCAUCAAUUCGACAACGUAUACCUCUUCUCCCACUCUCGCCCCUGCCGCAAACCCCGCACCGAUCGGCACCCCCGUCACCGCCGACGACACUGUUGCUGUCCCGCCGUCACCGUCCACCGACAUCAUCCGCCCUGCCCCUACCCCUUCAUCGACAUCGGUGGCCUAG